AUGGUGUCGGCUCGCGGAAUCUCUCUCCUCCUCCUGGAGUCCAGAAGCAGCUACACACUAUCUUCAUCUCCCCAGCAUUGUGGCCCCGGCGGCGAGGCGGCGAUCCCCCCACCCUCCGCCUGCGUCAAGUUGCGCGGCGGCUCGCGCCCCGCGGACUGGAGAUGCAGCGGCGGCCGCGUCUGCCCCGGCGGCUUCCUCCGAUCUGGGGGCAGACGCGCCGACAGUUCGGACGCGGGUCUGGUCGGUUUUGCUCCGUUUUCUCGCCUGUCAGUGCUAAUUAAACAGCUUUGCGUUCGCCGUCGCCACUGCCCGCUUUCCUCCGCGUCUGUCCCCUCGGUCCCCGCCCCUGCCCCGCGACCGCCCGAGGGGGUGUCCGGGUCCGCGCACCGGAACCCGGCUCCGCCGAAGCCCCCUCCCGGCCGCCGCCCCCCGCGCGCCUCCCCUGCCCGCGCCCCUCCCCUUCGCCCCCACCCAACCGCCGCUGCUCCGGACUCGGCGGCUCGAAAACAGCAGCGCCAGCGCCGCCAGCUCCGCGCUCCGCCACCGCCCGGGGCCCGCGGGCGAAACUCCGACCCGCUGCCCUCGGUCCUGCUCGGAGCUGCAGGGACGAACGCGCCCAGCACCGGGAGGCAGCGCGGGGGCAGCCGUCCGCACCUCGGGUGUCCCCGCACCUCGCCGCCCCGGGACGGCCUGCGCACUCCCGCCUCCGCGGCCCCCAGAGGGCCACGGAGUCGGGCCAAGAUGCGGCAGUCCUCUCCGGGCACCUUCUCCUGACCCCGCCAGGUGGACCUGCCUCCCAGAUUUGAGCAGCGGAAGGCCGGAGACCAGAGGGAUGCCCGGGGACAGGCUAGUGUGACUCCCGCCGCUGGAAGGAGAAGCCGGGUGGUCUGGCCCUGCACCGGACACUCGUGGGGCUGGAGCGCCGAGGCCUCGCCACCCAGGCUGAAUCCUUCACCCGAGUGCUCUCGCUAGACUGGGAGGGUGUGGGGCACAGUCACCCCAGGGCCCCAUCCUUCCUGCCCUGGGGGGCCACCACACUAGCCCGCAGCCCUGCUCCUCUGCUCCAGACCGGGGCCACGGGCCCCCUUUUGCCCCUUUGCUGAUCCCAGCCCCAGAGACACCCCUCGACACCCAAAUACUCUCUCAAGGUCCAGAGGACAGCACGGGGGCCCCAAUCUCCCGCCCAGUGAGCUCCGCAGCCGUGGGGCGAGGCGGCUCCCUCGCUGCCCAGGAGGGUGGCCUCGCAGCGCCCAGCCCCUGGUUCUGGGGUUGGGUCCCAGGGGCCGGGAUGCUCCCGCUCGCACUUCCCAGCGAUGUGCGCCCACAGCCGGUGUCGAGCUCAGCCCUGACGUUUCCAAACCUGCCUCUGUUUCCUGCGCUGCCUGCAGGCCAGCACCCUGGCCGGGGCCCCCUUCUCCAGGGAGUGCAGCCACCUCCAAGCGACCCCUGGGAUCUGCCACGUGCGUUUGGGGGGUGCAGCCCAGGGUUUUUUGUUUUGAUUCGUGAGAGACCGGGACCCGCGUGGGCCUGCGAUCCCUGUUUGGGCGCAGGAGGGAGCUGGCUCCUGUGUCCUGACCCGAACGUGCCCUGCGAGGUGCAAGGAGCUCCGUGACUCGACCUCCGCGGUGGAGCGCACGGUGGGCCGGGACUAAGUGGCCGCCGCCGCGGGACUCCGCAACUGCCUGCGCGGGCGGCCGUCGCCGCGGGGAGCAAUAAACGAAAUCGGUUUCCCGCGCCGUCUCACAGCCUUUAAAAAUCGGCCAACGAAUCCCGUUGUUCGGUUUGCGGUGAUCCUGAGCCCUGUGCUCACCCCGCGCCCCGAGUCGCCAGCACCACCUGGAGCACGGAGCCCCGCGCCGCCCGAACCCCGGACCGCCCACGCCCCACGUCCAGAGCAGCUUCGUCCCCCAGCGCCCUGGCCGGGCCCGCAGCGCCGUCAGAGCCGAGCGCCGCAGAGUUUUUACUGCGGCCGCUCCGGAACAGGGCCGUGUGGACGCGGCCGCCGCCCACUGCUCUCCGUUUUGGCUGCGCUCGGACAGGGUCCUGGCGACAACGAAAAGGGGAGCCGUGUGGCCUCCCGGACGGCCGAGCCCCGGGAGCCGCUGAGCGGGAGCCCUGUCCUCGCGCCCCCCUACACUGGGUAGCUGAGGAUGCCAGCCGGGCCGCCGGGUACCCAGGGAGACUCCCGAAUCUGCUUGCGCCCGAAUGCACACCUCGGUUUGCAAAGCCGGCCCUUCCCUCUUCCGCGCCGCCGCCCUGCCCCCACACCGCCAGCCUCCUCAGUUUGGAAAGGAGAUUUCGCCUUCCGCCUGAGGGCUGGACACCCGCGAACGUGCCCCUGGACAGCGAGCUGCUGGGGGGUUUCUUUGGCCUCCGUGGCCCGUCUGAGAAAUGGGAAGGGGGCCGCACACCCCCUCCCCUGCUCACAGACCUCUGGGAGGUUUGGGGGAGGACCGGCGGGUGGAGACUGCAGGCGGGAGACCGCCGGCAGCCCUCCCUUUGGGGCCACCUGUGAGUGGUGGGGUUCAGGUGGUGCUACACCCCAGGGGGUGCAAGGCAGCCCUGAGCGGUCUCUGCCCCCCCGCCCUGCCCGGGCUCCCCUCUCCAGGGCUGGUCAGGUCUGCCCUUCAGGGUGCCGCUCGCCCUGGGCUUCUCACGACCCCUGUGGAGCAGGGAGGCUCGGCAGGCCACGCUCGGACUCUCGGGGUCCACCCCGCACCCCAGGUCUCGCGGAGGGCAAGUGCUGGUGCUGCCCAAGAGGGCGACAGGCCACAGAGCUCCCCAGCCGAGCUCCCCGGAGGAAAAGCCCCUCCCUCCGCUCCCCGCUGUGGCCUGGCUUGGGUGUUCCUGGCUUUGGGGACCUGUCGGUCCCGGCAAGUCUGGGCAGGACCCUUGGGCCGUGACCUUGGAGGCCUGGGCUUCCUAUAGCUGCCCGUAGGACCGAUGGGGGUGGGGAGGAGGGAGGGGCGCGGAGCGGCCAGUGAGGGAGGCCGGGCGACGCCCCUCCCCCACCGGCCCUGGCUGCUGAACCUCUG